CGGAAGUGUGGGUCGCAAGAGGACGACUCUUGGAAGAACCCGCUCUCCGCUGUGUGCACAGCCGGAAUCAUGUCGAGUUUGGCGGUGAGAGACCCGGCAAUGGAUCGAUCACUGCGUUCCGUGUUCGUGGGGAACAUUCCGUAUGAGGCAACUGAGGAGCAGUUAAAGGACAUUUUCUCGGAGGUUGGUUCUGUUGUGAGUUUCCGGCUGGUAUACGAUAGAGAGACGGGAAAACCUAAGGGUUAUGGCUUCUGCGAGUACCAAGACCAGGAGACCGCGCUUAGUGCCAUGCGGAACCUUAAUGGGCGGGAGUUCAGCGGGAGAGCGCUUCGGGUGGACAAUGCUGCCAGUGAAAAGAACAAGGAGGAGUUAAAGAGCCUCGGGCCUGCAGCGCCCAUCAUUGACUCACCCUAUGGGGACCCCAUCGAUCCAGAAGAUGCCCCUGAGUCAAUUACCAGAGCGGUCGCUAGUCUCCCCCCGGAGCAGAUGUUUGAGCUGAUGAAGCAGAUGAAGCUCUGUGUCCAAAACAGUCACCAGGAAGCUCGAAAUAUGUUACUUCAGAACCCACAACUGGCUUAUGCGCUGCUGCAGGCACAAGUAGUGAUGAGAAUCAUGGAUCCAGAGAUUGCUCUGAAAAUUCUCCAUCGCAAAAUACAUGUAACACCUCUCAUCCCAGGCAAAUCUCAGUCUGUCUCUGGUCCUGGUCCUGGCCCUGGGCUCUGCCCGGGACCUAAUGUUCUACUGAACCAGCAGAAUCCUCCGGCCCCUCAGCCUCAGCAUUUGGCUAGAAGACCUGUGAAAGACAUCCCUCCGCUGAUGCAGACCCCUAUCCAGGGUGGAAUUCCAGCCCCGGGGCCAAUUCCAGCUGCAGUUCCUGGACCUGGUCCUGGUUCCUUAACUCCUGGAGGAGCAAUGCAACCCCAAGUUGGAAUGCCAGGGGUUGGUCCGGUGCCAUUAGAGCGGGGACAGGUGCAGAUAUCGGAUCCUAGAGCUCCUAUACCUCGUGGACCCAUGACUGCUGGUGGCCUGCCUCCUCGAGGACUGUUAGGAGAUGCACCAAAUGACCCGCGUGGAGGGACUUUGCUUUCAGUCACUGGAGAAGUAGAGCCCAGAGGCUAUCUUGGCCCACCUCAUCAGGGUCCUCCAAUGCACCAUGCCUCUGGCCAUGACAGUCGUGGCCCUUCCUCACAUGAGAUGAGGGGAGGGCCACUUACAGAUCCCAGACUGCUCAUUGGAGAGCCCAGAGGACCCAUGAUAGAUCAAAGGGGUCUGCCUAUGGAUGGUAGAGGUGGUAGAGAUUCUCGAGGGAUGGAGACUCGAGCCAUGGAAACUGAGGUCCUAGAGACACGAGUGAUGGAGAGAAGAGGAAUGGAGACCUGCGCAAUGGAAACCAGAGGGAUGGAAGCGAGAGGCAUAGAUGCAAGAGGAAUGGAGAUCAGGGGCCCUGGCCCCAGUUCCAGAGGCCCUAUGACCGGGGGAAUCCAGGGUCCUGGGCCCAUUAAUAUGGGGGCAGGUGGUCCUCAGGGACCCAGACAGGUCCCAAGCAUUUCAGGGGUGGGUAAUCCUGGAGCUGGCAUGCAGGGGGCAGGUAUUCAAGGAGGUGGCAUGCAGGGGGCAGGUAUUCAAGGAGCUGGCAUGCAGGGGGCAGGUAUUCAAGGAGCUGGCAUGCAGGGGGCAGGUAUACAAGGUGCUGGCAUGCAGGGCGCAGGUAUACAAGGAGCAGGCAUGCAAGGGACAGGCAUGCAGGGAGCGGGCAUGCAGGGGGCAGGCAUGCAGGGGGCAGGCAAGCAAGGUGGAGGCCAGCCUAGCAGUUUUAGUCCUGGGCAGAAUCAAGUAACUCCACAGGAUCAAGAAAAGGCAGCUUUGAUCAUGCAGGUUCUUCAACUGACUGCAGAUCAGAUUGCCAUGUUGCCUCCUGAGCAAAGGCAGAGUAUCUUGAUUUUAAAGGAACAGAUCCAGAAAUCUACUGGAGCUUCCUGAAAGGUUUUAGAAAAUAUUUGUCAGUAGUCCCAGAAGGGUAGCAUAGAGAAUGGAGAGGUGCCAAAAGCUGACUUCUGCAUCUCCACACUUGAACGAUUAGGGUUAACUUUCUCCCAGAACCUAAUCUCAUUGCGUGUUGUCUUUUUCUUUUUCUUUUCUUUUUUUUUUUUCCUUCUUUUAAUUGCGGGGUUGGGGGAGGAGGGAGUGGGUCUAUUCAGUUUAAUUCACUGUAAAUAUACAAAAGUAACUCAACAUGAUUAUAUUGUACCAAAUAAGAUUACAAAGAAUAUGCAGCAUUAGUAAAAGUGUCUACAGUGUAUUAACUACAUUUUUAAAAUAUUGAGUAAAACAAUGUGAAAACUGCACAUAAAAGACUAAAAGAUGAUCUGUUUAACUGGUAACUUACUAAGAUAGUUUAAGAUGUUUGGUUACAUAAGAAAGUAAAGAAGUUUACCUCAAAAUUAUAUAUUUUUUGAGUAAGCCAUUUAAAACAAAAUCCUAUUUCAGGGGCAACAGAAUGCUGUAUUAGGUUAAGCAUUGUUUUGGAGUUUGGGAAUUACUUCAAAAUGUUCAAGCUAACCAGAUAAGUCUCAACUUGUAUUGGAAUUGUUUCUUCUGAAGCUGUGCUACCUGAAAAGUCAAGGAAUGCAUCUGAUGUGAUGUUCAUUUAUUCCCCACCCUUCAAGCAAUACUGUGGCCUGGCCCUGAGUGUAAUGAUUUUGCUAGAACAGUUCUAUUAUCAGCUUGGUUACUUAAAUCUGAUGAGACUGUAUAUCUCAGUACCUUCCUAUUUCUCAGUAGUUGUUAAGCCCAAGUCUGAAUCUGAGUAAUUUUCUCACAUCCUUUCCAAAAACCAGUAUCUAGAGAAUGGUUGAUCUGGAUGAAUUAUACACAGCAUUGGGCCCUUCAUAAAUAGUGGAGGGCUUCAUGCAGUAAAGCUCUCAGUUUCCUGGUAACCAUCUUUCAUACGCAGAUGGUAUCCAUCUGGUCAACCAGGAUUUUGAAACUCUUAGUCUCGGCAACAUUUAAAAUGCCUUUUAGUUUUCUUAUUUCAAAAUCUAGUUAUCUGUCACCAUCUUAGAAUAAUUGAGGCUGAGGUAGGUAGAGAUAUUCUUGUCUAAAGUCUGCUCAGUUGGUUAUUACCCACUUUCUUUUUACACAUAAUAAAGCCACGUCCUAAUGUACAUACUCAUGAGACAUUUAAAAAUCAGUAGGAAGGUGAGGCUUAUCAGUUUCUUUAGAGCUACAAACUAAUUUAUCUCUAAGCUUUGAGAAUGAGGUGACAAAACUUCAUAUGACAGAACAAGUAGUAAUUAACAGAAGUAUAAACACCCAAGUAACCAGGUGAUCUUACUCUGGAGAAGAAAAACCAAUUUCUAGUUACAGAGGAAAAAAUUAACACAAGGAGAGAGCUGAGACUUAGAAACAAUUAUUUUCCCCUUGCAAGGUUUCUAUGUCUUAAAUGGAUACUCUUUACAACAUUUUCCUCCCUGCGAUGUUUCCUACUACCUAUUUUACUCCUGUUUUAUUGUUCAUAUUGUUAAUUUCCCCAUGUUUUCCCUUACUGGAAGGGAUAACUCCUUUACAUGGAUAAUAGUUCUGGUUAAUACUAAUUCAAGAGUUGGCUUGAUUACUUUGAAAUUGUAGUUGCUUUAUCCGAAAGCUUUCACUGAAAGGCUCUAACUGAAAACCAUUCAAUGUUAUAUUCUUUGUUGUAGUAAAAUUUCUGCAUUGUUUAAUGCAGACUAAAUAAAAGGAAUGUAAAAAGGC